UGAGAGAGAGAGAGAGAGAGAGAGAGAGAGUGGGAAUAUAUUGAUUUCCAGAAAGUUGGCAACUUUUGCGUUUACUUGUGAACAAAGAUGUCUACUACGUCGCCGCCGACGUCGUCUCCGGGGCCAACUUCACCACCGGUGACGCCAUCCACUCCCUCACCACCGCCACCUUCGACGCCAACGGCAGUGCCUCCUACGACUCCUGUGUCUUCUCCUCCGCCGCCUCCGACCACGUCCACACCUUCUGGCUCUUCUCCUCCGCCGCCUCCGACGACGUCUACACCCUCUGGCUCUUCUCCUCCACCGCCUCCGGCGACUUCGUCCGGUGGGUCAGUGCCGGUGACUCCCACCGUGCCUUCAGGGAACACCACCGGUGGGGGUACUUCGAGCUCAACAUCGAACUCGACUGGGACCGUGGUUGGUGUGGCCGUCGGCGCCGUGGUGAUUUUCUUGGUGCUAUGUGGCCCUUUGCUGCUGUUAUUGCCGGAGAAGGAAGCGCCGGCUGCGUCCGCCGCCACCACCACCUCCACCUCUGCCACAUCGUUCACUUUGGAAAAUCUGGUUGUAUCUGCAUCUCAGAAUGCUUUUGAUGAUUAUAGACUUAUUGAAGAUUUCAAGUUUUACUAUAACAUCUGGUUGGCAUUGCUGGAUUCAACAGAUGAAGUGACUCGACUUUUUUGUUUUAUUGAUCUGAGUGUUCUUGCAGAUGAAUUGUAUGGUGGACAGGCUCAGAAUUGGAAGCAGAAUGCUCCUCCACCUUCUGAUCAUGUUAUCAAAAUACCUCCGCCUCCUCCUCCUCCCGCUCCUCCGGGACCAUUUGUUCCCCAUCAUCGAUUUCCACCACCUCACUCCCCACCUCCUCGACCACCACCACCACCACCACCACCACCUGCCUUCUUUAACAGCAGUGGAGGAACAGGUUCCAGCUCUUCAGGUCCUGAUAAUUCUUUACCUCCUCCAUCUCCUGGAAUUUCCCUUGGUUUCUCGCGAAGUACCUUUACUUAUCAAGAGCUAGCAAGGGCAACAGAUGGAUUCUCUGAUGCUAAUCUGCUCGGGCAGGGUGGUUUCGGUUAUGUGCAUAGAGGAGUGCUUCCAAACGGUAAAGAGAUUGCUGUCAAGCAAUUAAAAUCUGGGAGCGGGCAGGGGGAACGUGAGUUUCAGGCAGAGGUUGAGAUUAUCAGUCGUGUGCAUCACAGACAUUUGGUUUCAUUGGUUGGAUAUUGCAUUUCUGGAGGGCAGAGACUACUUGUCUAUGAGUUUGUUCCUAACAACACAUUGGAGUUCCAUUUGCACGGGAAAGGUCAACCAAAUAUGGAUUGGUCUACAAGAUCAAAAAUUGCUUUAGGAUCUGCUAAAGGAUUGGCUUAUCUGCAUGAGGAUUGCAAUCCUAAGAUUAUUCAUCGUGAUAUUAAGGCGGCUAAUAUUCUUCUUGAUUUCAAAUUUGAGGCAAAGGUUGCAGAUUUUGGACUUGCAAAAUUUGCAUCUGAUAACAACACUCAUGUUUCAACGAGAGUCAUGGGAACUUUUGGGUAUUUGGCACCGGAAUAUGCUGCUUCUGGCAAGCUAACAGAUAAAUCAGAUGUCUUCUCCUUCGGGGUCAUGCUUCUGGAGUUGAUCACAGGAAGACGGCCUGUUGACAGCCAUGCUUUCGAUGAUAGCUUGGUUGAUUGGGCAAGGCCCUUGCUCACACAUGCUUUAGAAGAAGGCAAUUAUGAUCCUCUCGUCGAUCCAAGGUUGGAGGAGAACUAUAAUCCUAAUGAGAUGGCACGGAUGGUCGCUUGUGCUGCUGCUUGUGUUCGUCACUCUGCAAAGCGUCGGCCUCGAAUGAGUCAGGUGGUUCGAGCAUUGGAAGGAGAUGUGUCCCUUGAAGAUUUGAAUGAAGGUGUUCGACCUGGCCACAGUAGGAUAUAUGGUUCCUACAGCGGUAGUUCAGAUUAUGAUACUAUGCAAUACAAUAAGGACCUGGAGAAAUUCAGAAAAAUGGCACUUGGGCCAUUUACCAGUAAAGAUUAUGCCAGUAGUGAGUAUACUGUGCCGGCGAGUGAACAUUCUCACAUGCCAUUGGUAUCAAGCAACGAAAGCCGGGAGACCGGAGAGACGGAGAUGCAGAACACGAAGAAUUUCAUUUAACUGAUAUAUAUUUUUUUCUGCUGCAGCAUUGUGAAACUUUUUUGUCUUGUUUAAUUGUAAAAGUUUUCCUUUUUUCUUUCUUUUCAUACUUAUGAUUAUUAAAGCCACUGUGGCCAUAUUUUUCCGGAAAUUUGCAGACAUGUAUCUGGCUUUGCUAUUGCUGCAGAAAUUGUAUGUAUUUUUCUAACAGAGAGUAUAACUGAUUGAAUUUAUUUUUCUUUUUUCAAAUUGGAAAUGAUAAUA